AUGAAUAUACUUUGUGAUGAACCUUAUUUUAUUGAUAAUAGUAAAGAUCUUUUUUGUCCAGAAGAAUGUCCUUUUAUUAGUUUUAACGAUGUAUGGAAAUGUAUUGGUAUUUGUACAAUAAAAGAAAAUUGCUCUUUAUAUAAUCCUUUAUUAAAUUUUGCUGAUGAAGAAUCGAAUAAAUGCUUGCCUUGCUUAGUAUCCGGUUGCAUUCGAUGUAUAAAAAGUGAUAUUAAAGAAAAUUCAAAGUUUUUACUGAAUAUCAGAAAUAAUUUACCGAAUAUAUGUCUAGAAUGUAUGAGUGGAUAUAAAUUGUCAAAUGAUAAAACUAAAUGUAAUUUAAUUUAUGAAGAAAUAAUUAUAAAAUGUUGUAGCUUUUUCCUUCUUUUUUUUUUGUUAUUUGUUUUAUUUUUUAUUGUAUAUUUUUAUAAAAAUCCUCAUAAAAUAAAUUUUUUUUUAUUUAAAUUGGCAUUUCAACAUAGAACGUUGUCAAAAUUCAGAAAUAACAAAAAAUAUGGUAACCCUUUAUAUCCAUUAAAUUUAAAAUUAUCAAAAAUAGAUAUUGCUGGUGUUGGAUUAAUGUUGUACUUUCGAUUUUUAACAUUUUUAAGUUUUCUGUCUGUUACUUUUAUUAUAGUAUGUCUAUUUGAAGUAUAUUUACCAUUUAGCAAACUUAUACAAAUUUAUAGAAACAUUGAAUCUACUACUUCAUUUGAAAAUUGCUCUUAUUUAAAAAAAUAUAUUUCUCUAAAAAUAUCUCGUUUAAUUGACAUUAAAAGUUUAGAUUGGAUGACAUUAGACAUGUUUAACAUUAUUACUCGUUUUAAAGAAAAUACAAUAAUCACUUCUUUUAUUAGAUAUAUGAUAUGCAUGAUUGCUACAUUCUCAUUUUUAUAUAACCAAAAAAAAUUCAGUAAUUAUAAAUUAAACAUUUCUCAACAAAUGAUGAAUUUUGCACUUUUUAUAUCUAAUUUUCCUAGCCAUAUUUCAGAAGAAGAUAUUAAAAUUUUCUUUGAGAAAUUAUUAAAAAAAAAAAUAAUAGGUGUGUCACUAUGUUAUGAUUUUUAUAAAAAAAAAAAAAUUAUUUUUAAAUUAAUCGAAGAGCAAAUAGAAUGGGCAGAUAUUAAAGUCAAACUACACCAAAAUUAUGAGGAAUGGAUAGAAGAAAAUCAAAAGGAUUCUUCUUAUGAUAAAAAUACUCAUAGUCACAUUAAUAAUUUUUUAUUAGAAAACAAAAAAAAAAAAAGAAACUUUAAAAAUAGAAAUUCUUAUGAUGAACGAAUUGGUAAUAAGCACCUAAUAGGGAAACUAAGGAAUUUUAAUCAUGAAAAAAAUAAUAAAGAAAUAAUACACAAAACUAAUCAACUAUUAUAUUUUAAUAAUGAAGAUAUAUAUGAAAGUAAUAAUAGAAACUAUAAAAAUUUUAUUGAGUCAAAUAAUAAAAGAGAUAAGAAAAACCCCUAUAGUGAAGAUAAUAAUUUAAAUAUUACUCAACACAGCCCGUACUAUAAUAAUAACUUUAAGAGUCAUAUAAUAAAUAAAAAUAAGAAGAAUUUUUUUACAAUAGAAAUUCCUCGAUUUAUAAUAUCAAAAAAAAAUAUAUCUAAUUUAGAUAUAUUCUCACAUAAAUGUAGCAAGGUAAGUGUUAAAGAUGAUUUCUUUAAAGCAAUAUCUAGUAAAAUAGUUAAUUCCGAUUCAUUAAAAAAAACAUCAGCACAUGUUAAUAAUAAUAUUAAUUAUAAAGAAGAAAAAACUCCCUUUUUUAAUAACAAAAUAACAAAUAAAUUAAAAGAAAACAAAAAAACAUCAAUUUUUUGCUAUUUAAAAAAAAAGAAAGAAAAUAAUUUAAUAAAAAAAAAAAAAAAGACAAAUUUAAAAAAAAAAUUUGAGCCAUUUUAUAUGUCCAGUGAAGAAAGCCUUUUUUUUAAAAAGGAUUUUUCAAAAGAUAUGAAAACUGUAUGUAACUUAAAAAGUUGUGGUAAAGCUUUUGUUGUAUUUAAUAACAUUGAAGAUUUAAACCUAGCAUAUGACUUAAUAAAUGAAUAUAAAAUUAAAAAAAAAAAUAAGAAAUAUAUAUUAUCAGAUUUAUUUUUACUUUCUUUUUUGAAAAAAAUAUUUUCAAAAAAAAAAGAAAAAAAAAAAAAUACAUUUUCUUAUGAGCUAUUGCCAUAUUUUUAUAAUAAUAAAAGGAUACAUAAUAAUAAUGUCUCUAUGAAUAACGAAAAAGAUAAUAGAAAAAAAAAGAAAAUUGGAAAACAAAAAGAGAAAGAAAAAGAAAAAAUUCAAAAUGUGUUAUCUGAGUUUUUCAAAAAAUUUAAUAUUGAAGGAACAAAUUUUCAAGUUAGAAAAUGUAAUGUAGAACCGAUAGAUAUAAAGUGGCAAAAUAUUGGUAAUCACACUCCUAUAAUAAUAUUAAUGAAAAUAAUUAUUGUAAUAAUAUUUCUUUUUUUUAUAAUUAUAAUGUGGAGUAUUAUAUUUUAUGGACCUUAUGCUAUAUUUGCCUUGCAUCAUGCAAGUAUUAUAGAAAAACCAAAAAAACAUGAAGUAUUAUUUAAUGUAAUUAUUUCAAUUGUUUUAGGUAUAUUUAUUGGAUUUGGUAAUUUGUUAGUUACUUUUUUAACUACAUUAGUUGGUGAAUUCAUGAAAUUUCAAAAAAAACAGUCAACUGAAGCAUUUGUGUUUUGCAUUAAUAGCAUUUUUCAGCAAUUUAAUUUUUUACUUAAUGUUCUUAUUACUCACCUAACUAACGCAGGAGGAGAUAACAAAAUAAGAUCAUUUUAUUCUAGUAAGUUUUUUAAUCAUUUUAAAUUACAAAACAUUGUUUUAGGGGAAGAAUAUUCUUUUUGCCAAUCUUUAAACUAUAAUAUUCUCCCUUUUAUUUCCUUUUUUCCUACUUUUUUUUCUAUUUUUGGUGUGUAUAUUUUUCCAUUCAUUUAUAAGUCAGUAAGAAUAUUAUUUUUUCCCAAAACAACAAUUAAAAAAGCAGAGCAACUAAUUCAAUGCCCUGAAUGUAAUUUGCAUUAUAGAUAUAGUGAAAUAGUUAUUAGUUUUACUACUACUUUAUUAUUAUUUUUUUUCACGCAUAAUAAGUAUAGUACUUCUUUUACAUUUCUACUUCUUUUUUUAUCUUAUCUAUUUAUAAAAUAUAGAGAUACUUACUUAUUUCUUAGAGAAACAAAGGUAACCUAUUAUUAUAGCACUUUUUUAUUUGACACUGUUAUGAUAUUUUGGUCUAUUCCUACUGGAAUACUAUCAAUAUUGCCAUUUUAUUGGUUAUGGAGAUCAUAUAGUAUAAGUAUUUUAAUUCUUCCUCUAAUUUUUUUUUUUCAUACUUUAAUAUAUUUUUUAUUUUAUAAUGUUAUAAAUAUUUCUUUAAAUAAAAAAAAAAAAGUAAAUAAUAUAACUUACAAGAAUCUUGCAGAAAUUAAACCUUACAACUGGUUUAAUACAAAUCCUGUUUAUGUUCUUAAACAAUAUACAAAAAGGCAAAAUGAAAAAUAUUAUCAUGUUGAUGAUACAAAAGAAAAAAAAUUAAUAAAGAUUAAAUUAGAAAGCACUAUUUUUAAAAAUGAAUAUAAAGAAGAAUCAAAAAAGAAAAAAUACUUUUUUCUAGAUUCACUUAAAAGCAUUUUUUUUAAUGAAAACACACAAAAUAAAGAAAAAAUUACAACUAAUAAAAAAGAAAAGCUUUAUGUUAAAAAUAAAAAAUCAUAUAAGCAUCUUAUAAAUAAAAAUGAAAAAAUUUAUGAAGAAAUAGAAAAUAUCUUUGAAAAGAGAAAUAUUUUUAAAAAUUAUUGCGAUACUAUCAGUUAUACUAAAAAUUCAGAAGUGGAAAGUAAUGAAAUAAAAAAUAAUUAUUAUUAUGAAAAUAAUCUUAAGAAUAAUGAUUUUGAUGUUGGCGAGGAUAUAUAUGAAUAUGAAGAUGAAUGUAAUGAAGAAACAGAUGAAAAUGAAGAUGAAUGGAAUGAAGAAACGGAUGAAAAUGAAAAUGAAGACAAAGUAACAAAUGAAUGUGAAGAUGUAGGAUAUAAAGCAGAUAAAUAUAAAGAUGAAGGAGAUAAAGAAACAGAUGAAAAUGAAGAUGAAUGGAAUGAAGAAACGUAUGAAAACGAAAAUGAAGACAAUGUAACAAAUGAAUGUGAAGAUGAACGAAAUAAAGAAGCAGAUGAAUAUAAAGAUGAUUGCAGAAGUAAAAAUGUGGAAAAAGAUAUAAAUGAUAAGAAAGAAAAAGAUGAAUAUGAAAAAUAUAUAUAUCAAAAUUAUAAAAAAAAGAAUAAUAAAAAAAAGAAAGAUUAUAUACCAGAUGAUUUAAAUUUAAAAAUUUCAAUGAAAAAUAUUAAAAAAAAUGCAUUUGAUUCAAAUUUUUCACAGUCUAAAAAUAUAAAAAAAUUAAUGUUUCAUAAAAUUCACACAGAACCUAUCUCUUCAAGAAAAAAAAAAAAAGACCUGCAACAUAAUUUCAGAACAUCAAAAACAAUACAAAGAAAAUAUAAUAAAAAGGAAAAAGAUAUAAAUCUUUCAUUGCAAACUAAAAAAAAAACUGCAGAUCUAAUUUAUUAUGAAACUGGAAAAGAAUAUUUACAAGGUGUCCAGUUUUGCCAUUAUACUAAUGAUUAUAAUGAAUUAUAUGAUUUUCUUUACAGAAUUUAUGAUACAUUAUCUUCAAAUGCUCAUAAAAUUAAAAUAUUUCGUAAUUUAAAAAAAAAAAAAAAUGAAUUUUCUUUAAUAUAA